UAAAGCUUCAGGUUUAUGUGAACGAGGCCGACGUCUAUUUGACUCGUUUUAUCCUCAGAUAUGUUAAUUCUGACGGUGUCACCUCCAUCGGUAAAAUAACAGCCUAUCAGGUCAACCGCAGAGGUUCAGAACAGUCCAAACAAAUCAUCUUUGCUCCCAGUGCACAGCCGACUUUUGUCAAUGUUCCCCAGAACAACUUUGUGGAGCCCUUCGUUUUAAACCCAGGAACAUGGACUGUGGUCAUAGAAGCUGAAGGAAUCCUUCUGGACUACUUGGUUUUGCUGCCUAGUGCUUACUACGAAGCUCCCAUUCUGCAAAUGAGAGUCACUGAUCCCUGCACCUACAGCUCUGUUUCACACAGCACCCAGAACUGUCUGCUCUACCAGUAUCUGUCUCUGGAAUCCUUCCCUUCCAUCUCUGGAAAAGAUGCCAGUUGCCGUAACGACAACCAUCUGCCGCGGCCUUGCCCAACCGAGAAGGUCACUCCACGCCAUCCCACCAUGGCCGUCUGCAGUGGCUUUGAUAUCAGCAUUGACCUUGAAGGACGCAUGGCCUCUCCAGGCGAUUACGUUCUGAUAGUCGAGUACUCCAGUGAGGAAGAAUUACCACAGUCGCUGUCUAUUGUUGUCAGCACACCAGCUGCACGGACACACCAGUACAAAGUCACCCUUCUGCACUGCAAAUACAGCUUUCUGUGUCGAGUCGUGGCCGUGGAUGAACAGAACAGAGUGGCGGUCUUCUCCCUGCCUGCUGACACACAGAUCCAGCUCACAUCUGAGCAGGCUAGCUUCUUCCUGAAUAAAGUGUACUUGGUGCCUAAAGUCCUGUUCAGCAUGGAGUAUGUUGAACCUAAAGUCCACUGCAUCAGCACUCAUGGACUGUUUUCUCCUGACAGUUCUUCCUGUGUCCCAUCACGCUUCCAGACCCCGACAGACUCUCUGGUCCUGAAGGAGGGCCAGAGCUCCUCUACGCAGGAGGAGCUCAUCCAGACAUCUCCUGCAGCAGCUCCUCCUCUGUCUGUCCACCAAAGAGAGGAGCCCGUCUGGCUAGGAGGAGUCAGACCUCCAUUUGGAGCAGACAGCAGUAAUCACAUGCACCUGGACUCUCUGCAGAAUGCUGCAGUGUACUCAGCUCGGGUCCAGUCAGUCGGGCGCUACGUCUUCAUUCUCCAUUAUCACCAGCCUCUUCAUCUCACAUAUCCUGUGCAGGUCUACAUCAAUGGGGGACGGAUCUGGCACGGCAUCACCAACGUCUCCUUCUGUCCUCAUGCCUAUGGCUGCCGGAACUUGCUGGUCUCUGAGAACCAGAUCAUUCUGGAUGUGACGCACCACAACAUCAUCCUCACAGUGCAGAUACCUGCUGACAAAACACUGUGGCUGGACUAUGUGCUAAUGGUUCCUGAGACAAGCUACAGCUCCAGCUACCUGACUGAAGAACCUCUGGACAAAUCAUACGACUUCAUCAGCAGCUGUGGUCAGAACAGCUUUUACAUCAAUCCCUCCACAGCCUCCCCGUUCUGCCUCAGCUCUGCAGUUUCUCUGUCAGCGUUCUUCAACAACGGGGCCUUGCCUUGUGCCUGUCAUGAGGUGGGGGCCGAAAGUGACACCUGUGAGCAGUUUGGUGGUCAGUGCAAGUGCCGGCCGAAUGUGAUUGGACGAGAGUGCUCUAUGUGUGCCACAGGCUACUGGGGUUUUCCCAACUGCAAACGUAAGUUUUUGGCUGGUUCUUUUUGUUGCAACUGCUCCGUCAGCUCUGACUUCAGUCCAUUUGUACAAUUCACAACAAAAAACAAGUCCCUAAAUAUAGAUUAA